ACUACUGCACACCAGAAUCAAUCUCUCUGUCUGUGGAAGUGUUGGGAAUCUUCGCCGUCUUCGCCGUCCUCGCUGCCAAUCUGGAUCAUCGAAAUUGAGGAACGUGGAAGAAGGUGGUGGUGGAAUGAUGGAGAGGCCGGGGUGGCUGGAGGGGCUGAUGGGAGAGAGGUUCUUUGGGAGCUGUGCGGUGCACCAGGAUAGGAGGAAGAGUGAGAAGAAUGUCUUCUGCUUGCUCUGCUGCUUCAGCCUCUGCACUCACUGCCUCCCCUCCCACCCUUCUCACCCUCUCCUUCAGGUGAGAAGAUAUGUGUACCAUGAUGUGGUUCGACUGGACGAUCUAGAAAAGCUCAUUGACUGUUCCCAUAUUCAGCCCUACACCAUCAACGGUGGGAAAGUGAUAUUCCUGAACCAAAGACCCCAGUCCAGGAACUACAAGGGCCCUUCGAAUAUUUGCUUCCACUGUGACAGGACCCUUCAAGAACCUUUCCACUUCUGCUCUCUUCAAUGCAAGGUGGAUCAUCUGUUGGAUCAAGGCGUAGAUCUGUCUAGCAUCCUCUACAGUUUUGAUGGGGCGGAUUUCACAGUCACUCAGAACUUUGAGGAUUUAAGAAUGGAUAGCUCAUCCGAGGUGUUGAUCGAUCAUGGCCAAGCCACGCCAAGUUCAUCGCUCGAAGAUCACCACUUAAUGCAUCAUCUUGAUUAUCAGUACAAGGAUCAUAACUCAACGUCAUGCACAAGUAGUGAAGCCGAGUGCAAUACAUUAGGAGCUUCACAUGAUGCCCAUCAGACGACAACGACGAGAACAACGACAACGGUAAAAACGAAAAACAAAAGAAGUGGUAAUAAACUCAUCUCUGGGAUUGUUUUGUCUCUGAGCAACAGGAGAAAAGGAGCUCCUCAUAGGGCUCCUCUUUCCUAGAAAUCCCCCCGUCCUGAAUCAAUUCGUUCACUUCCAGCUUAGUACUAAUUACCCCACAUAUAAUAUAGUCCUCCAAGUACUUCCCCACCACAUUCCAUUAUAAGUUCCUGCCUUCAUAAUCCCACGACCAAAUCAUGGUACGGACAGCAGUCGUGUCGAGUAUUAUUCUCCUUUUUUUGUCUAUCUAUAUGUAACAACAAGGUGCAAUUUCCGUUGCUCGCCAUAGCUCAGGUGGAUGCAGACCCACCAAU